GCAGCAGCAGCAGCAGAAAAUAAAAACAUGGCCGCGGCCGUCAGUGCAGCUCGUCUCUGUCGCCUGGCGGGACGGAAUCUCUCCUCUCUGUCCGCCAGACACCGGCGGGCUGUCAGUCUUCCAGCCAGGAGAUGCUACAUCUCCGCUUCGACGGGAAACAAUCUGCAGUUCAGGCUUGAUGAGCGAACAGCUCACAGCAGUCUGGACCUCUUUAAGAAGGACACGGGGGUCAUCUACCGCAUGCUGGGAAUGGACCCGAGCCACGUGCCAGACAACCCAGAGCGCUUCCGAGAAUGGGCCGUCGUGUUUGGUGACGGGAAAAUCAGCAGCGGACGACACUACUGGGAGGUGACGGUGAAGAAGUCUCAAGAAUUCCGUCUGGGUGUAGCCGAGGCGCAGAUGUCCAGAGAAGACUGCGUGGGCACCAACAUCUCCUCCUGGGUGUUCGGCUACGCUCAGCGGAAGUGGUUCGCCAUGACCAGGAAUAAGAUGGUUCCUGUGACGCUGGUGGGCAAGCCGGAACGUGUAGGGAUCCUGGUUGACUAUGAAGCGGGCCUCUUGAUGCUGGUGGACAUCGAGAAGCCCAGGAUCAUUCACACCCUCAUGGCUCAGUUCAAGGCUCCUCUCUGCCCAGCGUUUGGACUUUGGGAUGGGGAGCUGCUCACACAUUCUGGUCUGGAGGAGCCUGAAGGCCUGAAGUGAAGCAAGAUCAGCUGUGAGGUGACAAGUGCGAUGGCUAUGAAAGGCAACAGUCUUGGUUUGGUGCUGUGGCGUUACAACGGUAUCUAUGGUAACUGUGCAGGACAGAAAGCAAUGUCUUCCUUGGGAAUCAUUUCAAGCUUAAUUACAGGCGAUGGUUAACUUUCUGCAGUCCAGCUUAUCAUCGUGUCUCUUAAUGACACAAGUUCACAUUUUGUGUUCUGUAUGUCAAGCCUCAGGCAAUCAUAUCGCAGGUGCUGUUUUUGAGCAUAUCUCAUGUAUUACCUCUCAGACUAAUGGAUGUGAAAAUGUGUGUGGUCGGUUUUGAGAGCUGCCAAGUUUUUCUUCUACACUGAAUGUUCUGGCAUUGCCCACCAUUACCAUGCUUAAAUCAUUGAAAAACAUUUUGAGUCUCAUGUUCAUACUUUAUAUUGUUUAAUAAAAUAUCUUCACUGCAA